UGCAAGAAGUGUGCAUUUCUUUUCCAAUUUUGGAAUCCAAAACAGUUGAAGAGAGUUCCUCUAUUUGUAAUAAUUUAAAGAUCUGACCAAAUAAUAAUUUUCAAUGAAUAAUAUAUUAGUCAUUGAUGGUAGUGUUCUUGAAGGUGGUGGCCAAAUAUUACGAAAUGCAUUAAGUCUAAGUUGCAUAUUGCGAAAACCUAUAAAAGUUAACAAAAUUCGUGCCGGUCGUCCGAAACCCGGAUUGGCAGCACAACAUUUGUUUGGUCUAAAUCUCCUCCAAGAAAUCACAAACGCUAGAGUAACUGGCAAUGCCAUUGGCUCAACGUCAAUCGAAUUCCAUCCAGGAGAAAUAAAAUCUGGAAAGUAUUUGGCCGAUGCCAAAACUGCAGCUAGCAUUUCUCUCUUAAUGCAAGUUACUUUGCCAGUUUUAAUGUUUGGUAAUCAAUCAUCCGAAUUAGAACUUAGAGGUGGCACUAAUGCAGCCAUGGCUCCGCAGGUCGACUUUAUUUCAGAAAUAUUUCGACCGAAUUUGGAAAAAUUCGGAGCAACUUUCGAUUUUGAACUUUUGCGCAGAGGAUACUUCCCCAAAGGCGGGGGACAUUGCAUUGUUACAGUUCCACCUGUAAAGCAAUUGAAUCCUAUUGAAAUUAUAGAUUUUGGCAAUGUCCAAAAUGUAUUUGGUUGGAGUUAUGUGGCUGGUCCACUUCCUCUCCAAAUGGCUGAAGAGAUGAAAAAAGGAGCCAUAAAUUCCCUUAAAAGGGUUUAUCGUUCAGACCAAAUUAAUAUUGAAGCAUAUAAAGAAACUGAACAAAUGAGUAGAAAUCCGGGAUCUGGAAUAAUACUUGGAGCUGCAACCAGUUCGGGUUGUGUUUUAGGUUCUUCGGCUUUGGGUGAUCGUAAAAUUCAACCAUUGCAAGUUGGUGGGACAGCCGCUGAGGAGUUGAUGACUUCUUUACAGAAUAAGGAAUGCACUGACCAACAUGUUCAAGAUCAAUUGAUUAUUUAUAUGGCUUUGGCGAAUGGGACAAGUUCGAUACAAACUGGUAGAUUGACUACUCACACGUUAACUGCCAUUCACAUAGCUGAGUUGAUGACGGGGAUUAAGUUUGAGACUUCGGAAGAUCCGUAUGCGGGAACUUCGAUUGUCAAAUGCAAAGGAAUUGGAGUUAUUAAUAGAUUUUUAUAGUUAGAUUAGAUAUAAUAAUAAAUUAUAAACCAAAACCAA